ACCUUGAGUGGGCAGGUUCAGUGGCUGUGACUGCGGUCUGCGGUUUGCUCUCUGGGCAGUAGUGAAUAUUCGCUGUCGUCUCACUCGUUAGUCGCCACUUGAGUGGGCGCUUUAAAGGAAUCAGUGUACACAAUAAGUUUUUUUAUGAACAUGGCCGGCACGGAGAUGAUUUUUCUUCUUGCAAGUUUUGUGUUAUUUGUAACUGAAUGUGAAUGUGCUCUUUCCGGGUUGUAUAUAGAUAAUGGUGUAGAUCAGACGGUGAUACACCAUUCUAUGACGCGACAUGAAAGGCAAGUAGUUGAACAUGAAAUUCUGGAGCUUUUAGGGCUCGGAGAGAGGCCGAGACGUACCCAAGCGCCGCCACUGGACCGAUCAGCACCAAGUUUUUUAUUAGAUGUUUACAAACAACUUGCCGAAGAACAUGAACAAGCUCGUCCAACACGUAGCUCCGAAAUGGCUCUUUCUGGUGAAGAGCAACAUGCAAUUGACGAGAGCGAUCUUAUUAUGACAUUCCAGAGCAAGAAACACCACAUGGGGUCACUUCGUCAUGGUCACGGCCGGCAUGUAUGGUUUGAUGUUGCCAGCGCGCCCGGCGACGCUUCAUCUCUCUUGGCUGCAGAGCUUCGUCUGCAUCAAGCCGCGACUCAGUCAGAUGAUCCAACAGCUUUAUACACUGUUGUUGCACAUCGGAUCGUUAGUGUGGAUAACUUAGGAGGUCUUCAAAUGGAAAAAGUUGCUGCGGUGAAUACAAGUGCCGCAUCUGAAGGAUGGCUGGAGUUUAACGUAACGAGUGCUCUGGCUACAUGGCUUGGAGCUCCGGCGGAUAACAAUGGAUUUUUCAUUACUCUUCACCCACAUACGCAGCCAGAACGACACGUCAAACCAGAAGAUAUCGGUAUACAGGAGACCCAUGGUAAUAAUACUGAGGCUAAACAACCUUUUAUGGUAGCUUUUUUCAAGAACGGACCUAAGCUCGGCAGCACAGAUUCUGGUGCGAGAAAGAAACGUGAAGCAAGACGCUGGCGGAAUCAUGGUUACUCGGAAAAUUAUUUGAGAAAUCCCCUCACGGAUACGUCACAUUGGACUAGCCGGAGCUGCGAAAUUCAAACGCUCUACGUUAGUUUCAAAGAUUUGGAAUGGCAGGAUUGGAUCAUAGCACCAGAUGGAUAUGGCGCAUUCUACUGUAGCGGUGAAUGUAACUUCCCUCUCAACGCACACAAGAACGCAACUAAUCACGCCAUCGUACAGACAUUAGUUCAUCUCUUGAAUCCCACACAGGUGCCGAAGCCGUCAUGUGCUCCCAUAAAACUCUCCCCUAUAUCAGUUUUGUAUUACACAGACGAUUCUAAUGUGAUAUUAAGAAAAUACAAAAACAUGGUUGUUAAGAGCUGUGGAUGCCAUUAAUUCUUUAAUAUAAGUAUUAGUUUUUGAUAAUCAAAACUAGUCGUGCAUGAAUAUUAAGUAGGCUGUCCAUAAUUUAACACUUUUAUGAACGAAUUAUGUGUUUUAAAUUUAAUAUUAACAUUUAUCGUUGACUUGACAUUAAAUCUAGAACAGCUCUCACCCUUAUUCAUAAAAUUAUUACUCAUUCUUAUAAGAAAUUGAAUUUGUGUUUUUUAUAAAAAAAGAAUAAAGUACCUUAUGUUGUAUACGUCGAUGCUUGUCUUAUAUUUUCUAAAUGUAAGUAGAUGUUAGUUCGUACAAAUUGUAAUAAUUAAUUACUUAGACUGAGUGAUUAUGUAUUUAGUGAUACGUGUAAUACUCACAAUUGUAUUUCUUGUAAAUGAUUGCAACAAAUGUGCCAAUUUCCGAGUCAACUAUGUAUAUUAUGUGACUAUGUGUAAAUAAAGAUUAUUUUGAAAAACUUA